UGUCAAUGUGAGAGAGACUGACCCACGGCUUCCCCUAGCUCCCUCCCUCCCUCGCCGCCGGCGCCGCCAUGCUCCGGCGCCGAGGCCGCGUCCUCAUCCAGAUGCUCUCCUCUCCAUCCGCCUCCACCAGCUCCCCUCUCCACCGCCUCAUAUCCGCCACCCGACCACAGGUAAACGCGCGGAGCAGCAUCCUCUCCUCUCCCCGCCGCCUCCUCUCCGGUGCCACAGCCCCCGUCGUCUCCCCGAACCCUAGCUUCGCCGUGGAGGAGUACCUCGUCUCCACCUGCGGCCUCACCCGACCGCAGGCACUCAAGGCCUCCCCCAAGCUCGCCCACCUCAGGUCCGCCGCCAACCCGGACGCCGUCCUCGCCUUCCUCGCCGGCCGUGGCCUCUCCGGCGCCGACGUCGCCGCCCUCGUCGCCAAGGACCCCAAGUUCCUCUGCGCCGGCGUGGACAAGGGCCUGUCCCCCAUCGUCGCGGGGCUCUCCGGCCUCGGUUUGUCAGAUCCCGAGAUGGCGCGCCUCCUCUCGCUCGCCCCACACAAAUUCCGCUGCAGAUCCAUCGUCGCCAAGCUGCACUACUACCUGCCCCUCUUCGGCGGCUCCUUGGAGAAGCUGCUCCGGGCCAUCAACUUCAACACCAACCUCCUCUGCUGCAAGAGGAGGGUGGAGCCCAACGUCGCGUUCCUGCGCGAGUGCGGGCUGGGUGAUGGCGACAUUGCCAAGCUGUGCAGCUCGAUACCGAGGAUGGUCACCGCCAACAUGGAGCGUGUUCGGACAAUGGUGGCGUUGACCGAAGGCCUCGGCGUGCCCCGGGGGUCCGGAAUGUUCAGGCAUGCUCUGAGUGCCGUCGCAUUCCUCGACGAGAAGAAGAUCACAGCCAAAGUGGAUCACCUGAAGAAGACGGUCGGGUGGUCGGAUGCUGAGGUGAGCAUUGCUCUCCCUAAGGCACCGUUUCUGCUCGCCAAGUCGAACGAAUCGCUGCAGCAUGGGUCCGAGUUCCUCGUCUCUGAGGUUGGGUUGGAACCGGCGUACAUUGCUCGUCGGCCGGUACUGCUCUGUUACAGCCUAGAGGGCCGGAUGAGACCCCGGUACUACGUUGUAAAGUUUCUCAAGGAAAAUGGAUUGCUCAAGCGCGACCCCAGCUACUAUACUGUUUUCAAGGAGACCGAGAGGUAUUUCGUGGAGAAGUUCAUAUGCCCUCACAAGGAAGCUGCACCAUACCUCGCUGAAGACUAUGCUGCCGCUUGCAGAGGGGAAGUGCCCGCUAGAUUUAGAUUUACAUGAACCAAGAAUUCUGAGUAAUAUAUGUAGAAUCGCGAUGUAGUUCUUAAGCCAGCUAUGUUUUGGUCAUUAUUUUGUAGUGGAGAAGAACAUACAUGUUUUCUGAAGAUUUAUGUGGCUUUCUAAAAUCUAUCCUUUGAUUAUGUACUGAUUUCUCCUUUGUGGCAUGCUAAUCAGAAGAUUACUUUAUA